AUGCCUGUAAAGAAGAGACAGUUUCAACAGGGAGUAAUACCGAAUUCCAAACGACAGCGCAAGACUCAUGAUGAAUUCUUCCAAUCUCAGGACCUGUGGAAAAACCUUGACAGAGUGAGGACCAGCUAUAAUGGAGCUGAGAGUGUGAUGAAGAAUAGCUAUUUGUUUAUUACUGUGUUUACGAAGAGUGCGAUAGCUGAAUACAAUUCAUGUAUAAAGUCUCUACAUGAAUACGUUGACGCCGAGAAGCUUCAAUUGAUUGAGCUCGAAGCAGAUUACGGUUUCCUCAUGCUGAAAAGCUUUACACUGUUGGACUGUUGCCUGGUGCUUACAGUCUUAUUUGCUCUAAAGAACAAGAGGUGGAUUGCAGCAAAUGCAAGUGAAUAUUUCAGUAUACCAAGCAAUGUGGCAUUGGCGGGAUGCAUAUACCUUCCGGAGAACUUUACUGGGACUGAGAAGAGAUACCAAUCUCCGAUUUCCAUCUCUGAAUCCCAUUUCAACAGUAUCCUUGGCUUUAGAGAGUUAUCAUUUAGUGCCUCGAGCAACAUAAGCCUGACUUCUUUUAUGGACAGUUUAUCGACAUUGUUCUCUACUAUGAAAUUCGGCAAGUCCACUGGAGCUAUAGUGCAAAGGUUCCAUAAAGCAUUUAGGCACUACCAAAAUCGACUGAAUUUGAGUUUGCACGAAGGCAGCCUCCCUGUGGGAAUCAUGUUCGAUAUGGCCAAGGUAAGAAGAGAAAACCUUCCUAAUAUUGAGAAUUCGAAACGUAAUCUUAAGGCAUACGCUGAGCAGGUCGUCACAUUCAACAAUCAAGCCAGCUUAAAAAAGGACGUUUCUACAAAGGAAGACACUGAAGAUACAAAUAAUGUCACGAAACAGGUACCGAACAGACAACAAGCAUCUGACCAUUCAGGCUCUUCCCGUAACCUAAUGCUAGCAUCUGGCGCCAACCACUCCAACUCUGGCAACAACAAUUUCAUGACCCAAGAUCAAAUCAAAGAGCACUGUGUGGCUACAAUCAAGGCAUCGAUGGAUGUCUUGAAGACAAAAUCACCUUAUCAGAUAUUCAAGCUAUAUGUGAAAUGUCCCCGUCAAGACUACGCCGAUAUCGUUUACCAAAAUUUGAAUGACUUGAGGUCCCAGACAAAUUGCAAUAUUGUUAUACUAAACCUGAACAAUCUACACGAAUCCAAUCCAUGGUUUGAUUCACUCGACGUAGGUCCCUAUACUAGCUUUGUUCAAAGACCACAUCCAAGCACAGUCCGUGUUAUUAGUAUUGGUGGUAUCGGGGAGCAUAUGAUCAAGGCGCUCGAUGCUAUUUCCAAGGUGUUAAGCACGCCAUUACCAAGUGUGACACACUAA